AUUCCACUAGCUUAAGGAGAUAGGAACACCUGUAAAUCCUCUAUCACGCGUGUUGUCAAAUGUGCCUACAAUUCUGCCACCGCAAUCUCCACCUUAACCGUUUUUAUUUCCUCCAAGACCAUGCCUCCUCUAUUACAAUUUUCAUUGUCUUUCGUCGUGAUCACUGAUCACAACAAACUUCAAAUACCUUUGGAAAGAAAGAAAAAACAAGAAAAUUUAAAUAUUCAUGGGUUCUGAAACUUUUCUCGAAGUGAUAUUGGCAAUCCUGCUACCUCCUGUUGGUGUUUUCCUCCGUUAUGGCUGUGGCGUGGAGUUCUGGAUAGAUCUGGUGCUCACCAUACUGGGAUACAUACCUGGGAUUAUAUAUGCAAUUUAUGUAUUGGUGGGAUGACUCUCAUGUACCUUUAAUGUGUAUAUUUCUAUUUUAUUUAUAAUAUAUUCAUUUUUUUUAUAGCA